ACGCGUUAUGCACAUGCGCAGAAGGGAUACCGCUACCGACCCGACCCGACCAUGGAGUGAAAGGCGGCCUGAGCAGCUGUGGCUUUCCGGAACUCCAGACAGGAGUUUAAAAUAACCUCAGAGAUUCGAGUUUUGUAAAGCCAACGAAACGGAAGUUAAGUUUGUAGCAUCGGAGUGCUAUCUGAUGUGAAGAUUGAAGACGUGAUAGAAGAUGAACCACUGCUAUGCUAAGAUGGCGACGUCCAGUCAAAGAGAAGGCGGAAGAGAAUCAGCGCUACCAACUCCUAGCACAUCAUCAACGGAGAAAAAGCCCCAAACUGCAGAUAACGACGUCCAGCAGAUGAUUGGUCGUCAAGAACGUCCCCCUCAGCCGCAGGGGUGGAGCUCCACUUUGAAACAGGAAGAUCUGCAGCCCCCCCACAUUAAAGAAGAAGAGGAGGAACUCUGGAUCACUCAAGAGGGAGCACGUCUUCUAGGGCCGGAGGAGGCUGAUCUCACCAAGUUUCCACUGACUGGUGUCUCUGUGAAGACUGAAGACCAUGAAGACAAACCACCUGAGUCUUUACAUUGGUUGUGUCCUUCAGAUGUCCAGCAGAUGAUUGGUCAUCAAGAAGAAUGUCACUCUCAACUGCAGGUGGGGAGUUGCACUUUGAAGCAGGAAGAUCCACAGCCCCCCCACAUUAAAGAGGAAAAAGAGGAACUCUGGAUCACUCAGGAGAGAGAGUAUCUUCUAGGGCUUGAGGAGGCUAAUCGCACCAAGUUGCCGCUGACUGGUGUCUCUGUGAAGACAGAAGACCAUGAAGACAAACCACCUGAGUCCUCACAGCUUCAUCACAGUCCAAGUGAGGAGAACAGAGGGGCGGAGUCUCCAAGCAGCAGCUCACAACACAUGAUAACAGAAGCUGAUGGAGACCACUGUGGAGGAUCACAAGCAGACAAUUUCUUAGCUCCACUAUCAGAUAGUGACGACACAACAUCACACUCUCCUGAGGCUGAAGACAGGGACGACGCCCAAGAAACGUGGAGCAGCGAUACAGACUGUAAAAGUGAUAUGAGGACUCACACUGACAACAAACACUCUGGAUUCUCUCAAAAGAAGACGGGUAAAAAACGUUUUACCUGCUCAGUUUGUGAUAAAAGAUUUACUUUUAAAUCCUAUUUGACCCAACACAUGCGGACACACACAGGAGAAAAACCUUUUGCCUGUUAUGUUUGUGGUCAAAGAUUCACUCAAAAGUCAUAUAUGUUAUCACACUUGAGAAAGCACACAGGAGAAAAACUCUUUAGUUGCUCAGUUUGUGGUAAAAGUUAUUCUCACAAAAAAAGUUUAGCUUAUCACAUGCUAAAACACUCAGAAAAUCCUUUUAGUUGUUCAGUUUGUAAUCAAAGGUUCCCUCUCAAGUCACAAAUGAUAUCACAUAUGAUGACGCACACAGGAGAACACCCCUUUGGUUGCUCACUUUGUGGUAAAAACUUUAGUUCCAAACAGUAUUUGACUUUUCACAUGAUGAAACACACAGGAGAAAUACCUUUUGGUUGCUCCGUGUGUGGUCAAGGAUUCCCUCAAAGGUCAACACUGGUAGCACACAUGAGAAAGCACACAGGAGAAAAACCCUUUCAUUGCUCAAUUUGUGGUAAAAACUUUCCUUACAAAUCCAGUUUGACUUACCACAUGCGGAAACAUACAGGAGAAACACCUUUUGGGUGUUCAGUUUGUGGUCAAAGGUUCCAUCUGAAUUCACUACUGGUAUCACACAUGAGAAAGCACACAGGAGAAACCCCCUUUGCUUGCUCAGUUUGUGGUAAAAACUUUUGUACCAAACAGUAUUUAACUGUUCACAUGCUGAAACACAGAGGAGAAAAACCUGUUAGUUGCUCAGUUUGUGAUAAAAAAUUCUAUUCCACUGCAAGUAUGGUAGAUCACAUGAGAACACACACAGGAGAGCCUUUUCGUUGCUCAGUGUGUGGUGAAAGCUUUUCUCAACGACAUCGUUUGACUUAUCACAUGCAGAAACACAAGGGGGGAAAACCCUUUAGUUGCUCAGUUUGUGGUAAAAGUUUCUCUGGGAGGCAAGCAAGUAAAUACCACACUAAAGCUUGUCAAGAACGGUUGGAGACAGCCUCAGAUAGUCAGCCGAAACAUUAUUGGAACCAAAAAGGCUUUGAAUGGUCUUUCUGACAACAAAUAGCGAAUGCAGUCAGUAUCAUAAAUGUAUUGUUAUCUCAUCAUAUGAGAUGUGAGUGGAAAUGUUGUAAUUGAGUGGCAAGGUAUAAUAGGCCCUGGUUAUGUGUACAAUAAUACAUGACACAAGAAGAGAAACCAUUCUUGGAAAACAAUAUAAAACUGUAUUCAAAUGUAAUGAUAAAUAAAGAUGUCAGAAUUAAACGUAUAUCUCUUGGUGCAGUAGAUGAUUACAAAUGGUUAGAAGUGAUUGUACGGGUAUUGUAAGCUGAUUGUGGGCAGCAGCUCACCACAACACAUGACAACAGAAGC